AUGCUCGCUAGUGUCAGGACGCCAGCAUGUCUGAAUUGGGGUUUCACUGCAUCAUUCUCCACCGCCCGGCACCGACAGACUUUGGUGGCACCGUCGACUCACCCCUACUGUCCACACACCAAACCAAAAGAAGAAGCAUCGACAGAAAGUCUCCUGUGCUUCUCAUCGACUCAUCCUGUCCAUGCCUUCUUGUUAUCGUCUCCUACAAGCAAUUCGCGUUUCCACAAGGCUCGUCUCCAACCCGUCAACACCAUCACCGCCACGGGGAAGGACGAUGACCACUGCAGAUCAAGUUUCCAUUUGUUUGUUUGUUUGUUUUUUCUUUCUUUCUUUCUUUCUUUUUCCCACGUAGGUCUUUUCUUUCUUUCUUUCUUUCUUUCUGUUCACGAUGUUCUUUCUUUCUUUCUUUCUUUCUUUCUUUCUUUCUUUCUUUCUUUCUUUCCCCAUGUAGGUCCUUUCUUUCUCUCUAUUCACGAUGUGAGUUCUUUCUUUUUUCUCGUAUCUGAGAUCUUUCUUACUUUCUUUCUUUCUUUCUUUCUUUCUUUCUAUUCACGAUAUCUUUCUUUCUUUCUUUCUUUCUUUCUUUCUUUCUUUCUUUCUUUCUUUCUUUCUCCGUAUAUGUUCUUUUUUCUUUCUAUCCACUAUGAAAUUUCUUUCUUUCUUUCUUUCUCCCACGAAGGUCCUUUCUUUCUUUCUUUCUUUCUUUCUUUCUUUCUUUCUUUCUCGACUUCCUGUAUCAUAAGUCCUUUCUUUUUAAACAACCCAAUGGACAAAAGACAACUUUGUCUCUUAACGCUACGUUAUUAA